AUGGCCGCCGCUGGAAUGCGCUUUUGCCGCGAGUGCAACAAUAUGUUAUAUCCGAGCCAGGACCGCGAGAUUCGACGUUUGGUGUUUCGAUGUCGCAACUGCGGACAGGCUGAGGAUGUAGAGGAGAACUGUAUUUAUGUGAACGAACUGGUUAAGGACACGCGUGUCCAGCUGGACGUGCUUCCAGGUGAUGUAAUCGACGAUCCGACACUACAGCGCGACUUUGACGUGACUUGCCCUGCUUGCAGCCACAACGGCGCCGUGUUCAUCCGCUCGCAGGACGGUGUGAAGCAGUCGACCCUGGCUCUUAUCUGGGUGUGUCUCAAUCGUGACUGUCAGGUGGAUGAAGAGGGCAACCGUCUACCGUCUUAUCGCUGGAUGGGAAGCUGA